AUGCGAGGCCUAGAAGAAUUUGCUUCCUUAACUAGUGUUCUGGGAGGACGCGUUGGAGAUACAGAUGCAAACAAAAGUGCCUCCCUGACUGCAGAGAAACAGCCGGAUAAACCUGAUGGCCCCCUUCCUGGCUCAGCCAGUGACCAAGAAAAGCAAGUAAGAUUAUCUUCAGCCAACAUGACAACCAAGAAUUCUACAGAUCUAGUCGAAUAUGUUGACAAGGGUCAAUGUUUUCUGCCUGUCAUUCCAAACACUCAGAGAAGUCAGCCAGCAGAAAGACUGAAGAGCCAGGAGCGCACCAUAGCUUUCCUUCUUGAACGAGCCUUCCGCAUCAAGGCAGACAUCGCUGCUUGUCUUCAGGCGACCCACGGCUUUCGAAAAGAGGAGUCACUCGCCAGGAAGCUACUGGAAAACCAUAUCCAGACCAUCACCAGCAUUGUUAAAAAACUCAGCCAAAACAUUGAGAUUUUAGAAGACCAAAUAAGAGUUCGAGACCAGGCUGCCACAGGAACUAAUUUUGCAGUACAGGAGCUAAACACCAAACACCUUCAAGGUGUUGGAGAUCUUCGAGGAAGAGUGGCCAGGUGUGAUUCCAGCAUUGUGAAGCUUUCUGGAGACAUUUACCUCAUCAGGAAUGAGAACCGGAGAAUUGAAAAAACAAUUCAAGAACUCAUGUCUGCCCUAGAAAGUAUUUCUAAGAACUUGGAUAUGAAGGUAAUGCAGCUCUUAGGGAAGAUAGAAACUUCCAGUUCUGAGCAAACCUCAAAUUUAAAGAUGGUCCAGGGGGAUUAUCACCACCAAAUGAACCUUUUGGAGUUCAAAUUUAAUUCACUUUCAACUAAACUUUGUGAGGAAGUUGAGAACAAUAAAAAAUGGACUGAAAACCGCUUCAUCAAAUAUGAAAAAGACCACCUCAGCCAUAUAAAUCAGUGUCUGAAGCUCCUACAGGAGAAACUGGAAAAUUCUGAAAAUAAAAUGGAAGAAAAAUUACUGCAGCUUUCAAGCAAAUUAGAGCAUUUCAUUAACACAGAGAAACAGACAGCAGAACUAAACAAAGUAAAGCACACAGAAAAUAAACUGUCCAAAAAGAUGAACCAACUGGAAAAGCAAAUCUGGGGUGAAUUAGAGAAAAUGCAGAAUGAGUAUCAAUCAGGAUUUAGAUCAAUUCAUGACUCUCUCAAUUCACUCCAACAAAUACAGAAGACAAAGAUGGAUUUAGAGAAAUACAAAGUACAGAAAGACCUAAAGAAAUUACAGCGUGAGCUAGUGGAACUGCAGGAAGUAUAAAAUUUUGCAGCCAUCUGUUUCACCAGUCAAUGGAGUGGUUUGUUGGUAAAAGAAGGGAAGAAGAAAAUUAUUACCUCU